AGUUAGAAUCCGAACACGAACAACAUCAUGAUAGAUAGAAAUAAUAAGGCUUUUCGCGAGUACAAAUACGAGAAAAUUUCCAAGGAAGAGGAUACUGAGGGCCGACCACAGUGGGACAAACAAAACGGCUUCAUUUUUAUCAGGGAUCUAAUUACAGCAAAGGGAAGAAGUAAAAAAAGGAAAUUGAUUAUAACGUCAGUUAUAGUGGCUGUUGCAGUAGCGUUAGUCAUUGCAGCCGUGAUAUUAUUAUCCACAGGAAGUAAAGAAGAAAAUAAAGUCACUCCAUCAACAGCAGCAGCAGCUCUCACUUUGGACGAUUUCUUGUAUGGAAAGUUUCAACCAAAGAGUUUCAAUGCCACGUGGACGUCAGGUGAAGACCUCAUUUACAGGGACGCCGAAGGUCAUGUUGUUCUCUUUGAUAUCAAAAACAAUUCCACAAAAAUCCUGAUAAAUUCGUCAGACAAUAUAUUGCUGUCAGCUUUUGAAUUUCAAUUGUCUGCUGAUGGAUUAUUUUUGAUUGUGGCUUACAAUUAUCAAAAGCUAUAUCGACACAGCUAUCUUGCACAAUAUGCCAUAAUAGAUUUAAGCACAGGCGAAAAGACCGACCUCAUAUCGGGCAACCAGCCUGCCCAACUGGUUGUUUGGGCACCGAUCGGAAAUGCCUUAGUUUUCAUAGCAGAAAACAAUAUUUUUUACAGAAGGUCGGUCAAAGACGAAAAUGCCAUUGCCAUCACAAACACGGUCGGUUAUGUUUCUAAUGGAGUGCCUGACUGGGUGAAUGAAGAGGAAGUUUUUAGUUCUAAUAGUGCACUCUGGUUCUCUCCCGAUGGAAAAAGAUUAGCCUAUGGAAGGUUCAACGAUACAAGCGUACCACUGAUGAUAAUACCGGUAUAUGGAGAACCAGGAAAACUAACAUCACAAUACCCCAGAGCCAAUGUCAUCAAAUAUCCAAAGUGUGGUACUACAAAUCCCACAGUUAGUCUGCAUUAUGUCAAUCUCACCAAUCCAACCAUUGAGUAUAACCUAGAGGCACCAGUACAUUUCAGAAGUGAAGUCAUUUUGUCAGCUGUCGAAUGGGCCACCGGUGACGUCAUAACAGCAAUUUGGAUGAACCGGGUGCAAAACCAAGCGUUGAUUAUGUCUUAUGAUACAUCAACUAACCCUGCCACUUCUACAACGAUUAAAAAUUUGGCUUCCGCUGACGGUUGGUUGGAACUAUUCACCCCACCGAUAUUCUCCAAGGACGGUUCGAAAUUCGUCCUGAUACUUUCGCAGGACCAAGGCGGCAAUUCAGGAUACCGGCAUUUAGUGAUGUUCAACACAGUUGAAAACGCACAGGACCAACCUCUUACCAAAGGAAAAUACGUGGUUACGGACAUUUUAGCUUGGGACCACGAAAAUAAUUUGAUAUAUUACUUGGCGAAUACAGAAUCUGAUUCAGCGGUACAGCAUCUAUACUCAGUCUCCCCGGACACAAAAAACGCAAGCUGCCUAACGUGUUCCUUGAAAUCCAAACACGAUCCGGCCAAACUUUGCUCGUACAACACCGCGGUGUUCAGCAAAAACGCCUCCUACUUUGUCCACACUUGCGCAGGUCCUGAUGUACCGCAAGUAUCGCUGUUUUCUAAAAAUGGCAAAGAGAUCAUUUCAUGGAACAGAAACGAUGAAUUGGCCGAAUAUCUGAAAGGCAGAGACGUGCCAGUGAUCAAGAAAAUGUCGUUUGCCAUUGCAGACGGUUUCGAAGCUAAUGUGAUGUUGAGGCUGCCUCCCAAUAUGGAUAUGAGUGGGCAGACGAAGUACCCCAUGCUUGUCAAUGUAUACGGGGGCCCUGACACAUACCAAGUCAUCGACAAAUUCGUAUUGGAUUGGGGCAGCUAUUUAGCUUCUAACAAGAGCAUAAUAUAUGCAACAAUAGAUGGCAGAGGAUCUGGAUUGAAAGGAGAUAAAAUCCUGUUCUCUAGUUACAGAAGACUGGGAACAAUUGAGAUAAUAGAUCAAGUAAAUGUGACUAGACUGAUUCAGAAGGCCCUAUCUUAUGUUGAUUCUUCGAGGACAGCAAUUUGGGGAUGGAGCUAUGGAGGUUAUGCAUCAGGAAUGGCUUUAGCAACAGAUUCCGAAGGAAUAUUCAAAUGUGGAAUUUCCAUAGCGCCUGUUACAGAUUGGGCGUUGUACGAUUCCAUAUAUACAGAAAGAUUCAUGGGCCUACCAACAGUAGAAGAUAACUUGGAAGGGUAUGAAGAAGCCCAGCUCCUGAAGAAAUUUGAUGGACUGAGGGACAAAGAGUACUUUUUGAUCCACGGUACUCACGAUGACAACGUUCACUACCAACAGUCAAUGUUGUGGGCUAAAGUACUUGAACAUCAUGACAUUCUCUUCAGACAACUGUCCUAUCCUGAUGAAGAUCAUAGUCUGGGUUCAGUGCGUCCCCAUCUCUACCAUUCAUUAGAAAAUUUUUUGGAUGAAUGUUUUGUUGGAAACAAUGUUUGAAUAUGACUGACAGAGCCAGAUAGGUCAGAUGAAAGAAAAUAAACGAAAACUUAAAGCACAUUGGAAGCAGAACACCUUUAAAUGAUCGUUUUCACUGAAAGUGAGAAAAUAACCCAACUUUAAAAGUGACUGAGAAAAUAUUCCAAAACUAGUCAAAUAUAUCAAAAUAUUCAAGAGCAUAUUUUUAGUGAGCCAUGGCUUUAUUCAUCUAGGUCUCAUGAGAUUGAAAAAUGUUAAUACUCUAGUGUACUCCUGUAUAUAAUAUUAUUCAGAAAAUGAUUUUUAAAUAAAUUUUUAUUCUAUAUUAACAAUAUCUUUAACAAUGCAUUUCUGUUUCUAAGAUUGGUAUUUCUAAAUAUGUUGCAACAACAAGAAUCUCACUU